GGCGCAGAGUGAGCGUGGAGAGAGAGAAAGAGAGAGAGAAGGGUGGUGAUGGCAGGUGGAGGCGGAGGGAAAGAAGAUGAAGAGGGUCUGUGUUCAUGGAAGAGAUUAAAAUGCGCCAGGGAUGAAGAAUUCGGGGAGGAAGUGCAGCCCCUUGGCAGCUUCUUCUACCCAACGGUACCCUCCGCUUUUGUCGUCUCCGACGUUCUCGAGACCGAUUUUCCCAUCAUUUACGUUAAUUCCGUCUUUGAAACCAGCACCGGAUACCGCGCCGACGAAGUCCUCGGUCGAAACUGUCGAUUCUUACAAUAUAGGGACCCUCGCGCUCAAAGAAGACACCCUUUGGUGGAUCCAGUUGUUGUUUCUGAGAUCAGAAGAUGCCUGGAGGAAGGUAUUGAGUUCCAAGGUGAGCUCUUAAAUUUCAGGAAGGAUGGUACUCCCCUGGUAAACCAGCUAAGACUUGCGCCUAUACAUGAUGAUGAUGGAGUUGUGACACACAUAAUAGGUAUUCAAGUGUUUUCCGAAGCAAAAAUAGAUCUGAACCAUGUAUCAUAUCCAGUUUUCAAAGAGACUGGCUAUCCACAUGUUGAUCAGUCAGGUAACUAUUCUCCUGUGGGUGGACAAGCCCAACAUGCCCAGCAUCAAGAAAUAUGUGGGUUCCUUCAGUUGCCUGAUGAAGUUUUGGCCCACAAUAUUUUAUCACGCUUGACCCCAAGAGAUGUUGCAUCCAUAGGGUCAGUCUGCCGAAGGAUUCGUCAAUUAACAAAGAAUGAGCAUGUAAGGAAGAUGGUAUGUCAAAAUUCAUGGGGAAGAGAAGUCACAGGUACACUGGAACUGAUGACUAAGAAAUUAGGGUGGGGUCGUCUGGCCAGGGAACUGACCACUCUGGAGGCUGUUUGUUGGAAGAAAAUGACCGUUGGAGGUGCAGUGGAGCCUUCUCGUUGCAAUUUCAGUGCAUGUGCAGCAGGUAAUCGACUUGUAUUAUUUGGAGGUGAGGGAGUUAACAUGCAGCCAAUGGAUGACACAUUUGUUCUCAAUCUUGAUGCUGCAAAUCCAGAGUGGCGUCGAGUGAGUGUGAAAUCAUCCCCACCAGGGCGCUGGGGCCACACCCUUUCAUGCCUGAAUGGUUCCUGGUUGGUGGUGUUUGGGGGAUGUGGGAGGCAAGGAUUGCUUAAUGAUGUCUUUGUUCUUGACUUGGAUGCCAAGCAUCCAACAUGGAAAGAAGUCUUUGGUGGAACUCCCCCUCUCCCUAGAUCUUGGCAUAGCUCUUGCACAAUAGAAGGCUCCAAAUUGGUUGUCUCAGGUGGAUGCACGGAUGCAGGGGUGCUUCUGAGUGACACCUAUUUAUUGGAUCUCACUACAGAUAAGCCAAUGUGGAGAGAGAUUCCAACUUCAUGGGCUCCUCCCUCUAGAUUGGGACAUUCGCUCUCAGUUUAUGGAAGGACUAAAAUUCUUAUGUUUGGUGGGCUUGCUAAGAGUGGGCACUUGAGGUUGCGAUCAGGUGAGGCCUACACAAUUGAUUUGGAGGAUGAGCGGCCACAUUGGAGGCAACUGGAAUGUAGUGGGUUCACUGGCAUAGGUAGCCAGAGUGCUGUGGUUCCUCCUCCAAGACUCGAUCAUGUUGCUGUAAGUAUGCCUUGUGGAAGGAUAAUCAUAUUUGGUGGCUCUAUAGCUGGGUUGCACUCUCCUUCCCAGCUCUUCCUUUUAGAUCCUUCAGAAGAGAAGCCCUCGUGGAGAAUUCUCAAUGUUCCAGGGCAACCACCUAAAUUUGCUUGGGGUCACAGCACCUGUGUGGUUGGAGGGACCAGGGUCCUUGUCCUGGGUGGGCACACUGGGGAGGAGUGGAUACUUAACGAAUUGCACGAAUUGUGCUUAGCAAGCAGGCAGGACUCAGACCAAUGAUUUAAUAGUGAGUUGCCCACACUGCAGAAAUGUAUAAAUUUUACCCUACCAGUCCAAGGAAGAUUUUCCUGCAUGAUCCGUGCCACUAAGGUUCUACCUUUUUGUUCACUUUGAGUCUUAUCUUCUGACGUGUUCCACUGAUGCAUUAUGUGUGUUUUUGCUCAGAAGUUUAUUAUUAUAUGUACUGCAUAAAGACCUUUCUCCGGACUUUUUGGUACACUGUGAACGUGGGAUGUGGUUGUGUAUUUUCAGUUUGUAACCCCAAUAAUAAUUAAUAUGUUUGUGCCCUUUCCAUUGAGAAAUGAGGCAUCCCCAGUAGGAAACAUGCAUAUUAUCUUUGGCUUCUGA